AUGAUUAUUAUAACUAAAUCAAAACUAAAUAUAUGUAAUGCAUUGACUGAAAUCUCAAUUUUAUUAAUAAUGAGCUCCACAUCAGUUUAUUUAUUUAACUUAAAUCAGGGAACUAUUUCAGAAUUUGAAAGUGUCAUAGCAAUUACAAUAACAGCUAUGGUGAUCCAGGCAUUUGCUUCAAUAGCUAUUUUUACGAGAGCACUAUAUGAAAUUAUCCACCGUAAGCUGACCAAAGGGGGGAUUGUGAGAAGAAAUAUUAAUAUGUAUAAACCUCAUUUCAAAAAAGUAAUUAUGAGUAAUUGAAUCAGAGAUUUCUCUUUAGAUUCCAAUUUUGAAUUAUAG